UCGGUAAAGGUGCUUCCUCGGCAGACCAGAGCCUUGUUGACCAAUGUUGACAGCCACUCUCAAUGCAGAUGUGACGUCACUGCCAGGCAUCUGAAACCUAGGCUACUGAUCCAGAAGCGUCCGGGCCAGGGCGAGUGCGCGAGAGAGGGAGCCAGGUAUGACGUCCUGGAUCUCGGAGGAGUAAUUUCACUUUUUUUGCCAGAUACUGUCAAUAACAUAACGACGACUGCGCAGAGGGAAGAGUUCACAAAAGCCAAACGCGCUCUGUGGGGUGCGGUCACCGUUUGUCACUCACGGGCGCUCCCUCCCGCGGGCGGCGGUAGCAUCGAGCUGGUGUUGAGACUCCUCAUCAUCCCGUCCCAUCCCAGAUCUGUGCGAAGAUGGCGGACCCGGCGGAGUGCACCAUCAAAGUGAUGUGCCGCUUCAGGCCGCUGAACAAUUCGGAGGUGGAACGUGGGGAUCAAUACAUCCCUAAGUUUCAAGGGGAAGAAAGUGUGGUUAUUGCGGGCAAGCCCUACGCGUUUGAUCGCGUGUUCGCGUCCAACACCACACAGGAGCAGGUCUACAAUGCAUGUGCCCAGAAGAUUGUCAAAGAUGUUUUGGAGGGCUACAAUGGCACCAUCUUUGCUUACGGACAAACAUCCUCUGGAAAGACACACACCAUGGAGGGCAACCUCCAUGACCCAGAUGGCAUGGGCAUUAUUCCCAGGAUAGUGCAGGACAUCUUUAACUAUAUCUACUCCAUGGAUGAGAACCUGGAAUUCCAUAUCAAGGUGUCAUAUUUUGAGAUCUACAUGGAUAAGAUCAGAGAUCUGUUGGAUGUGUCGAAGACCAAUCUGUCAGUACACGAGGAUAAAAACAGGGUUCCGUAUGUGAAGGGUUGCACUGAGCGGUUUGUGUGUAGCCCAGAUGAAGUGAUGGACACUAUCGAUGAGGGAAAGUCCAACAGACAUGUGGCUGUUACAAACAUGAAUGAGCACAGCUCCAGAAGUCACAGUAUCUUCCUAAUCAACGUGAAGCAGGAGAACACCCAGACAGAGCAGAAGCUCAGUGGCAAACUCUACCUGGUGGACUUGGCCGGAAGUGAGAAGGUCAGUAAGACGGGUGCUGAGGGAGCGGUGUUGGAUGAGGCCAAGAACAUCAACAAGUCGCUGUCAGCUCUGGGCAACGUCAUCUCCGCACUGGCAGAGAGCUCGGGAUACGUGCCGUACAGAGACAGUAAGAUGACCAGGAUCUUGCAGGACUCUCUGGGAGGAAACUGUAGAACCACCAUCGUCAUCUGCUGCUCCCCUUCAUCCUACAAUGAGUCCGAGACCAAGUCCACACUCAUGUUUGGACAGAGAGCGAAGACGAUUAAGAACACAGUGUGUGUGAACGUGGAGUUGACUGCUGAGCAGUGGAAGAAGAAGUAUGAGAGGGAGAAGGAGAAGAACAAGACUCUCCGCAACACCAUCACCUGGCUGGAGAACGAACUCAACCGCUGGAGAAACGGUGAGACUGUGCCGGCGGAGGAGCAGUACGAUAAGGAGAAGGCGUCCGAGGCGCUGGCCGUGGUUGAGCUGGCCAGCGGGGAGAACAUGGCGUCCACCCCCAACCUGCCAGCAGGGGGCAGACUCACCGACGUGGCCAAGGAGAAGUGUGAGGCCGAGCUCGCCAAGCUCUACAAGCAACUGGACGACAAGGAUGAUGAGAUUAACCAACAGUCUCAGUUGGCAGAGAAACUCAAGCAGCAGAUGCUAGAACAGGAGGAGCUGCUAGCGUCGUCGCGGCGGGACCACGAGAGCAUGCACGUGGAGCUGUCGCGGCUGCAGCAGGAGAACGAGGCCAGCAAGGAGGAGGUGAAGGAGGUGCUGCAGGCACUGGAGGAGCUCGCCGUCAACUACGACCAGAAGAGCCAGGAGGUGGAGGACAAGAGCCGCGACUACGACUCGCUCAGCGAGGAGCUCAGCCAGAAGGCCAGCGUGCUGGCGUCUCUGGAUGCAGAGCUGCAGAAGCUGAAGGAGAUGACCAAUCACCAGAGGAAGAGGGUCGCCGAGAUGAUGUCAUCACUGCUCAAGGACCUGGCCGAGAUUGGAGUCACAGUGGGCAGCAACGACGUCAAGCAGCCUGAGGGCAGUGGUGUGAUCGAUGAGGAGUUCACGGUGGCGCGCCUCUUCAUCAGCAAGCUGAAGUCGGAGGUCAAGACGCUGGUCAAGAGGAAGAAGGAGCUGGAGAGCAGCCAAUCAGAGAGCACCAAGAAGAUUGACGAGAACGACAAGGAGCUGGCCGCCUGCCAGCUGCGCAUCUCCCAGCACGAGGCUAAGAUUAAGUCUCUGACAGAGUACCUGCAGAAUGUGGAACAGAAGAAGAGGCAGCUGGAGGAGAAUGUGGACUCCCUCAACGAGGAGCUGGUCAAGAUCAGUGCACAGGAAAAAGUCCACGCCAUGGAGAAGGAGAAUGAGAUUCAGACAGCCAAUGAGGUUAAGGAGGCUGUGGAGAAGCAGAUUCACAGCCACAGAGAGGCCCACCAGAAACAGAUCAGCAGCCUGAGGGACGAACUGGACAUUAAGGAGAAACUCAUCACCGAGUUACAGGAUCUAAACCAGAAGAUCAUGCUGGAACAGGAACGUCUGAGAGUGGAGCACGAGAAACUCAAAUCCACCGACCAGGAGAAGAGCCGCAAGCUGCACGAUCUCACGGUGAUGCAGGACAGAAGGGAGCAAGCCAGGCAGGACCUGAAGGGACUGGAGGAGACAGUGGCUAAGGAGCUGCAGACACUGCACAACCUCAGGAAGCUGUUUGUGCAGGAUCUGGCCACAAGAGUUAAAAAGAGCGCAGAGAUGGACUCUGACGACACUGGAGGCAGCGCUGCUCAGAAACAGAAGAUCUCUUUCCUGGAGAACAAUUUAGAACAGCUGACCAAAGUCCACAAACAACUGGUGCGCGAUAACGCUGACCUGCGCUGCGAGCUGCCCAAGCUGGAGAAGCGCCUGCGGGCCACAGCCGAGAGGGUCAAGGCCCUGGAGACGGCGCUCAAGGAGGCCAAAGAGAACGCGGCGCGCGACCGCAAGCGCUACCAGACCGAGGUGGACCGCAUCAAAGAGGCCGUCCGCGCCAAGAACAUGGCCAGGAGGGGCCACUCAGCCCAGAUCGCCAAGCCCAUUCGGCCAGGCCAGCCUCCCAUCGCCUCCCCCACCCACCCAGGUGUCACACGCCCAGGGGGAGGGAUCUUCCAGAACAACCAAUCAGCCAUGAGCAUCCGUGGAGGAGUCAAGCAGGACAAGAACUCCAGCUGAAGAGGCAGAUGUCAGUCAAGGCAUGACUUGUGUCAGACACACUGGACUCUGUGUGUGUGUGUGUGUGUGUAAGAACGAGAGAGAGCGAUAGACAUGAAGGACUCAUGUACAAACACUGAUCUGACCUAAAUUGUAUGUACAGUCUGAUAUAUGUACGUAUGUAUGUAUGUAUGUAUGUAUGUAUGUAUGUAUGUAUGUAUGUACGUACGUAAGGUCCCCUCACUCCAACGUAUUUAAACACACAUCGGACUUCACUACACACAGGGACAUGUUGCCCUAGGUGUGCUAGAGUGUGUGUGUGUGAGUGUGUGUGUGUGUGCGUGCUUGGAUUUGCAUGGCACAUUCCCAUAUAAUGUAUGGGUGUAGCAUGCAUGCGAGAGUGCGUGUAUGUGUGUAUGUGUGGACACACGCAAAUCUGCAUGACUCAUGCCCAAAUGUGUGGGUGUAGCAAGUGUGUGGUGUGUAUGUGUGUGCCUGCGUGUGUGUGUGUGUGUAGUGUGUAGAUUUGUCCCUCUGCACAGUCUCCAGCGUCUGCACCAAGCCAAACUGAAUGUACAUAAACGGAUCUGGGGAAGAAAUAAAGAUCAAAUGAUGAGAAGAAUCAGAGAAAGAGUAGAAUGACAUAAAAGAAAAAAGAAAUGUUAGUGAAAUCUCAAGUAGUAGAGGCUUCCAUCUCAUACAAUGUACUGUCUUCUCUCUCUCUCUCUCUCUCUCACUCUCUCUCUCUCGCCCUUUCUCUCCGUAUGUUUCAGAAACAGGGUUUCCUCCUAAAUGGAGAGGACCUCGUAGAGCGUCACCACACGUUAAAAAUACGUAGUCACGGGACACACACACACACACACACACACACACACACACACACACACACACACACACACACACACACACACACGGAAGUAGAGGUGUUGCACUAGAGCAUGUCACCAGGUGACACAGAUGAGUAGUCACAUAUGCACACACAAACACGCAUACAUACGCAGAGGUUAUUGCACAGACACAGCGUUCACAUACACUACUGAUCGUCACACACACACACACACUACUGGUGUGGAAGCAUACACUAGCGCUUGGAAUAUUAUUUCUGUGUGUUGUCUUUGAUUUCUGUAAACUCUUGUCCUUCUGGCGCAUGUGUGUGUGUGUGUAUCUGUGUUGAUGGGUAAAUGAAAGGAGGGUUUUACACUUGAUCAUCCUUAGUUUUUUUCUCUCCACCCCCCCCCUUUCUUGACCAAUAGCAUUGCAUGUGACGUCUCACGCCGGCCUCUCAUUGGUCAAUAAGGUGGGGCUGGGUUUUAAUGGCAUGUCGAACUCCUAAGUAGUCUUUGCUUUUUUCCUGAUGAUUUUUGGCCCUCCCAAGCUGCCAUAGGUUAGUUAUUUAUUACUAUGUGAUUCUAGACUGUAGCUGUGGGGAGUGUGUGUGUUUGUUUUAUUUUUUUACCUGCUUCGUGUUAUUUUUUAGGUUAUAAUUAUUGAUAUUAUUGUUUUUUUUUCUUAUGUCCAACAUAAACUUAAUCAAAGUAGUGCUCCCUCUCCAUCUCUUCAUCUCUCCAGACAAAUGAAUAAGAGUGUGUGUGUGCGUGUGUGCGUGUGUGCGUGCAGAUGAGAUGGUAACUGCUGUAACAGAAGUGGUGUGAGGGAGAGAGCUUUGCUUUUAAAUCCAGUAAUACUGACAACACUACAUCUGGCUCCUGGUGUUAGUGUAUGUGUGUGUGUGUGUGUGUAUGUGUAUGUAUGUCUUUGUGUGUGUGUGUGUGAGUGUGUGGUUGUGCAUGAGCACAUGUGUGUGUUUCUUACUUUCAUUCUCCAGGACCGCUGUGUGAGUGUGACUAUGAAGCAGAGAAAGAUCUUUGGAUAGACUGAAGAAAUAUCCAUUUGGUGUACUGUAGGCUGGAAUUGAGUUAUAACCUUUAAAGAUGUAACAUGAAUUAAGUAUUGAUUAAAAAUCAUAAACUGAAUUGGCUUCUUUGCGUGAGCAUAUGUCCAGGUAAAUGGGUGAAUUACUGUAAGUGUAUAGAAAUCUUUAAUAAAAAUCCCUUCCCUUCA